CGAGGCGGUGGGGGUGGAGGGGAAUGGGGACGGGAAAUAGGUUCUGUGUGCUCUCCGGGGGUAUUGUGUCAGGAGAUGCAGGCUGGCUACCAUGUGACGCGCUCCAGAGCUGAAGGGAUUGGCGGAGGCAGCGCAGGCGGUGCAGCUCGGCCGGCCGGCUGUGCUCUCCCUUUCUCUCUCAGCAUCUUCCCCACAGCAUCCAUGGCCUAUCUUUCAGGUUAACACUUGUCUCCUUGGACUUCAGCAGCGGGCCGAGCGGAUCUCAGCGGCGGCGCUGGGAGGACUUAGCUGGGACCUGGAAUCCUCUCCUCCUGUGUUUUUUCAGACUCCUUGGAAAUUAAGGAAUGCAAUUCUGCCACCAUGAUGGAAGGAUUGAAAAAACGUACAAGGAAGGCCUUUGGAAUACGGAAGAAAGAAAAGGACACUGAUUCUACAGGUUCACCAGAUAGAGAUGGAAUUCAGGGGAAAAAAAAGACCCAGAAGACCCAGCUUCUCCUCACCUCUUGCUUCUGGCUCAGAGCCCUCUCGUUAACUCUGUCUCAGCAACCCAGCCCACAUGAACCACCCUACAAUAACAAAGCAGAGUGUGCGCGUGAAGGAGGAAAAAAAGUUUCGAAGAAAAGCAAUGGAGCACCAAAUGGAUUUUAUGCAGAAAUUGACUGGGAAAGAUAUAACUCACCCGAGCUGGAUGAAGAAGGCUACAGCAUCAGACCUGAGGAACCCGGCUCUACCAAAGGAAAGCACUUUUAUUCUUCGAGUGAAUCAGAAGAGGAAGAAGAAUCACACAAGAAAUUUAAUAUCAAGAUUAAACCAUUGCAAUCGAAAGACAUUCUUAAGAAUGCCGCAACUGUAGAUGAACUGAAGGCUUCCAUAGGUCACAUUGCACUGUCCCCUUCGCCAGUGAGGAAAAGUCCGAGGCGCAGCCCGGGUGCAAUUAAAAGGAACUUAUCCAGUGAAGAAGUGGCAAGACCCCGGCGUUCCACACCAACUCCAGAACUUAUAAGCAAAAAGCCACCAGAUGACACUACGGCCCUUGCUCCCCUCUUUGGUCCGCCUUUAGAAUCUGCUUUUGAUGAACAGAAGACAGAAGUUCUUUUAGAUCAGCCUGAGAUAUGGGGUUCAGGCCAACCAAUUAAUCCAAGCACGGAGUCGCCAAAGUUAACAAGGCCUUUUCCCACUGGAACACCUCCACCUCUGCCUCCAAAAAAUGUACCAGCCACCCCACCCCGCACAGGCUCCCCCUUAACUGUUGGACCAGGAAAUGACCAGUCAGCCACAGAGGUCAAAAUUGAAAAGCUACCAUCAAUCAAUGACUUGGACAGCAUUUUUGGCCCAAUCUUGUCCCCCAAGUCUGUUGCUGUCAAUGCUGAAGAAAAGUGGGUCCAUUUUUCUGAUACGUCCCCGGAACAUGUCACACCAGAGUUGACUCCAAGGGAAAAGGUGGUGUCCCCACCCGCUGCAUCAGACAACCCACCUGACUCCCCAGCUCCCAGUCCUCCUGGCUCCCCGGGCCCUCAGAGCCCCCCAGGGCCUCCUGGGCCUCCUGGGCCUCCUCGCAAUGUACCAUCGCCGCUCAAUUUAGAAGAAGUCCAGAAGAAAGUCGCUGAGCAGACCUUCAUUAAAGAUGAUUACUUAGAAACAAUCUCAUCUCCUAAAGAUUUUGGGUUGGGACAGAGAGCAACGCCACCUCCCCCACCACCACCCACCUACAGGACUGUGGUUUCGUCCCCCGGACCGGGCUCGGGCAGUGGUCCGGGGACCGCCAGUGGUGCAUCAUCCCCUGCUCGACCAGCCACCCCUUUGGUUCCUUGCAGCAGUACCACUCCUCCUCCACCUCCUCCACGGCCUCCAUCCCGGCCAAAACUACCUCCAGGAAAACCUGGAGUGGGAGAUGUGUCCAGACCUUUCAGCCCUCCCAUACAUUCUUCUAGCCCUCCUCCAAUAGCACCCUUAGCCCGGGCUGAAAGCACAUCUUCAAUAUCGUCGACCAAUUCCUUGAGUGCAGCCACGACUCCUACAGUUGAGAAUGAACAGCCUUCCCUCGUUUGGUUUGACAGAGGAAAGUUUUAUUUGACUUUUGAAGGUUCUUCCAGGGGACCAAGCCCCUUGACCAUGGGAGCCCAGGACACCCUCCCUGUUGCAGCCGCAUUUACAGAAACAGUCAAUGCCUACUUCAAAGGAGCAGACCCAAACAAAUGUAUCGUUAAGAUUACUGGAGAAAUGGUGUUAUCCUUUCCUGCCGGCAUCACCAGACACUUUGCCAACAACCCCUCCCCAGCUGCUCUGACUUUUCGAGUGAUAAAUUUCAGCAGGUUAGAACACGUCCUGCCAAAUCCCCAACUUCUCUGCUGUGAUAAUACACAAAAUGAUGCCAAUACCAAGGAAUUCUGGGUAAACAUGCCAAAUUUGAUGACUCACCUAAAGAAAGUAUCUGAACAAAAACCCCAGGCUACAUAUUAUAACGUGGACAUGCUAAAAUAUCAGGUGUCUGCCCAGGGCAUUCAGUCCACGCCUCUGAACCUGGCAGUGAAUUGGCGAUGUGAGCCUGCAAGCACUGACCUGCGCAUUGAUUACAAAUACAACACGGAUGCGAUGACGACUGCCGUGGCCCUCAACAACGUACAGUUCCUGGUCCCCAUAGACGGCGGAGUCACCAAGCUCCAGGCUGUGCUGCCACCCGCAGUCUGGAAUGCUGAACAACAAAGAAUAUUGUGGAAGAUUCCUGAUAUAUCUCAGAAAUCAGAAAAUGGAGGGGUGGGUUCUUUGUUGGCAAGAUUUCAGUUAUCUGAUGGGCCAAGCAAACCGUCCCCAUUGGUUGUGCAGUUCACGAGUGAAGGAAGCACUCUUUCUGGCUGUGACAUUGAACUUGUUGGAGCAGGGUAUCGAUUUUCACUUAUCAAGAAAAGGUUUGCUGCUGGAAAAUACUUGGCAGAUAACUAACAAAGUCUUAUGCAAGAAUUUGGAGGAUUCGUAUAAUGGAGAACUGUCAUAUGAGAAACAGGUUUUAAUUUUGGUUUGAUAUAAAUAAACCAAAAUCUGUACUUGGGGUGUAUCAGCCAGAAAGUCAGUGACUUUCAGUCAUGAUUUCCCUCACAUGAUACUAUGACGACCAGCCCUACAGUAUUUACUUCUAGGUGUAAUAUUGUUAAUGGUUUUAAAAUGUAAUUAUUGUAUUUGUAAAUUGUACUCUCAUUCCAGUAAGGCAGUUAGACACUUGAGUUUUAGCAUUUUACCAUUCCUGAAAUGGAUGUAAUUUAAACUGUGGUAUGUAAAUUUAAUAGUAGUACUGUUGAAUGGCACAAUGCUUACAGAGGUAGACUGCAUUUUGUCAAUAUAUAAAAUUUAAAUAUACUAUUGAUAGCUGUCAUUAAGGGGGUGCCACACAUAAAGAAACUUAAGUGGAACCAGAAGAAAAAGCAAAACUUACUUUCUUUAGUCCUUAGUAAGUUUUACUCUAGUGCUAAAUAAAAAUUCUAUCUUCACAUGUUUAGUGUGUUAAACUCAGAAAUUAUUUCAGAAAAAAAUUCUAAGC